AUGAAUGAGCGGAACCGUACAAGAUAUUUGGAAAGGCAGUUUUCUGAAUCAAUCGAGAGCUGGACCAGGGAUUGUGAAGAUGACUGGCGGUACAAUCCGCAGACGGACAAAUGCUACAAGUUUUUCGACGAGGAGCAAAGCUGGCCAAUGUCUGAGAUUUACUGCCAGUUCAGCGCUGCUCACCACGUUUCCAUCCACGGUCCCCACGAAAUUGCUUUCAUUCAGGAGAGCUGGACCAGGGAUUGUGAAGAUGACUGGCGGUACAAUCCGCAGACGGACAAAUGCUACAAAUUUUUCGACGAGGAGCAAAGCUGGCCAAUGUCUGAGAUUUACUGCCAGUUCAACGCUGCUCACCACGUUUCCAUCCACGGUCCCCACGAAAUUGCUUUCAUUCAGGGUGAGGUGUUUAAAUCAUUCCCGGUACUAAAUGUUGCUAUUUUUACAAUUCUAGCAAGUGCACCCAGUGUAAUACUGCGACACUGGUGA